AUGUCUACCUACCAGGUCUACUCCGACGCACGGAAUCAGAGUACCGUAACACAAGACGUCACCCCAUGCUUUUGGCACAUGUCCACUCUACACCGCCAUAUUCAUGUACCAACAAACCUGCUGCGCCCGUUGUACCCCGAUAUCCGCGCAACCAACGGCGUCGGAGUUGGAUAUCCUGGGUCGCGGUUGACAACACCGAGGUACCAACCGCAGCGCUUCCAAGGAGGAAAAGGAGCAGAGAAGAAAGGCAGAAUCAUACCAACAGCACGACCUCCUCCCCCGCGGCAACGUUUCCCCAGAAUGACUUGGAGUGACCGCAGACUGGGCCAGAAUACAGGAACACGAGUAGAAGCGGCGUCCAUACACACGAGGUAUACAUGGAUCAGGCGGUAG